AUGGAUACAUUUCAUGUGGAAAGGAGUGGAAGAUAUAAAUCUGUGAUUGCUCAGAAGGGUCCGUCAUUUGAUAAAAUUGUGCUGGAUAAAACUCUUAAGAAAUUCGUUGAUACCAAACAUUUAUACAAACCAAAAAGCAAAUAAGCUUCAUCUUAAAAGUACAGACCAAAUUUCCAAAAAUCAGGCAUUUUCAGAGAAGAAGGCGUAUCCCAGGCAGAAAGCUUUAGUCAUCAACUCUGAAUUUUCCAAUCAAAAAUAUGUAUCUAGCAGAGAAAAUAUGGGCAAGAGAGAACAUGAGGUUCAUGACAUGAUGAUCAAAAGUUGCAGCAGAAUUGUACUAAAUAUGCAGAAUAAUGGACAGUAUAAAUCCCAACCCUCACUCCGUGUGAAUUUGAAGAAGCAAAAGCAUGGCGAAGCUUCAAGAACUCCAAAUGAAUACUCAUAUCAGGAGCAGGAUAGUAAUUUAGAAAAAUAGUCUUCCAAAAGAAUCUCAUGUUAAGACUGGUAUUAAUCUUGAAAUUGCAAAGAGUCAUGAUAAUAUCAAUGACUCAGGACCUUCAUUAUUCAAGACCAGGCAGCCAAAUCUGCUUGAAUUCUUCCAAAGGAUUGUUAACAAAGAUUUUAGCAGGAAACAUCAUAAUAAGAUAACCAGGAGUCAGAAUAUGAGAUACCAGAUCAAGGAGAAGAGCAUUCUGUAUAAGCCGCAUAAAUAAAUCCCCACUGAAAUCAUAUAUAAAGCAGCUAAAAUCAAAGAUAGGAACUUUGGAGGAACACCCAGAACUGGAGAUAAACAAUGGCAAUAAUGGCUGCGAUUAUGACUCUAGUUCGCCUUUUGGAUUAUCUAUAGACCAAAAGAUGACCAACUGGAUGUCUGAUAGGAACUAUAAUAAAUACAAAAGCUUAGAGAAUCACUCAAUGUUGCUAAAUAAGCAACUGAGGAGAAGAAAAAGAAAUAGAAUGAGCACUGGAGGGCUUGCCAAUAAGUUUAAAUUUUCAGAUGAUCAGUGCGAUGGGUUGAAAUUGCUCAGAUUAAAAUUACCGAAGAUAGACGAAGGUUGAAAAAAAUAAUUCAUUGGUUGCUUCUCAAGACAAUUUAAUUGCUAAUCAAACUCCUUCAAGUCUUGCCUCAAGUUGUCUCGCUCCAAAUGUCAGCUAUGUUUCUGAAGGAUUUGACCCAGCAUCUCAAACAAGACAAGAGCCAGAGCCAGUCUACAUGAACGUAGUGAUAAAAAGAAACCUUGGUCGAAAGGACUACGGUUAGCUUAAUAAAGUUUCCCAAAGUAUCUCAUUUAAUAUGUAUGUAAGC